GUAUGGGUCUACGUUCAUCAAUAUUUGAACGACUUUUAGUGGAUUUUAUCAUUUGUUACAAUUAUCAAACUUUCAUAAAAGAGGAAUUUGUAAAAAACCGGAGAAUUUGAAACGAAGUGUUACAAGCAGCAAAGGAAAGCACGUGAUACCUGACGUCUUUAACUUCUUGGUACGUAGUGCUAGUCUAGUAAGUUAAUGUAUUUCAUUUCAAAUUCAUGUUCUCUUUCCUUUCUGUUCAGUGAUAGUUAUUCCUUCUGGUUACUGAUUUAUCUACGUUCAUUAGUGACUUAGAUAUGAAUAUCGAACGAUAUUAAGUGAUAAGAUGCGGAACAGUUGUGGAAGAAGUCGCUGCGCUUGUUGAUUCAGUUACACUUAUGUUUCAUUUAGAUCACAUUCUUGAAAUUAAAUGGAUUCGCCUAAAGCAAAAUACGAUUCUCCUGAACAGCGAGCUGCUCUUUUCGAUGCCAUAAACAAGAACUGCGGAGUUAAUGCUGAAGGAAAAAUUUCUUUGGAAAAUUUAUUACAUUUUGUAAGGGAAGAAAUUGAAGUUAAGUUUGUGGACUCACAAUCCCUGAUUCUGCGCCUGACAAGAUCUCUACAACAUGGGGCCAGAAGUGGAUUAAUAGAUUUUGAGGAUGUUUGUAAAAUUUUUCAGACUUGGCUGGAAAAACAGUCAUCAAUCUCACAAUUUAAAAUCAUCAAACCAACUUAUCGUUCCGAAGAAGUAUUGAGCACUCCAAACUAUCCAUUAGCAUCUUCAACGCCAUAUACACUAAGGAAGGAAUUAUCUUUCAUUUCACAUGACAGUUCAUUUAGAGAAGAAACCUUUUAUUCUGCUUGUGAUUCAUGUGGCAGAGAUGGAAGUUGUUGCGAUAUACGGAGUGAUGUUGAAAAAAGCAGCAGAGAGGAAAAUGUAAAAAAAUAUUAUGACCAAAAGUUGCAAGAUAUCCAAAACCUAUUGGAACAUAGUGAGGAAUGUAAUUCAGCAUUACAAAAUGAAGUGGAAAAUCUCAGGGAAACGUGUAAUAUCUACAAAAGCAAAGAAAAGCGAUGGAGUAAAAUGGAGAAUCAGUUAGUGGAUCGUGAACAACAGCUGAGUAAACUGAACAAUUUAUUGAAUGAACAAAAGACUGCAGUUGAUGCAGAAGUUCAGCGAUUAAGACAACAAGUUUCUCGUUUAAGGGCCGAGAAUGAAAACCUAUUAUCUCAGUGUGUGUUGCUGGAGGAAAGUAAAGUUAAACAAAACAAGAUAGAGAAGAUUUUGACAGAAACAAAAACAAAAUUAGCGAAAGUUGAAAUUGAACUUAAUGACAAAGUUACACUUCUUGAAAUAAGAGAAGAAAACAUUCUUCAGCUUGAAAAUGAAAAUAAAAAGCUUCAAGAAAUCAUCUCUUCAUUACAAAUGCCAGGAAAUUCAAAAGAGGAAGGAGCAGACGAUGUAAUAGAUCCCAUACUGGGCACAAGUGAUGAGUCACCUGAACGAAUUCCAGUCUUCGGUAACUACUUGCAUAUUUAUCCAAAUCAAAUUUCUGAAAGCAUGACUCUCAAAGAAGAGUUGCAGCAAUUUAUGGAAGUGAAUCUUAAACCUUGUGAAAAUACAUCAACACAGACAACACAAGUGCAGUAUGAAUGUGUGUCAACCCAAACAGUUUGUGUUGAUAGUUUGGGAAAUGUCUAUACACACACUAACUAUUUAUCAAGCAGAUCAACUCAAAUCACAAAUUGCAUGACAAAGAAUGAAUCAACACAGUAUUCUCCAAUCCUGUCAAAUUCACAUAUUCAAACUGAUGAGCUUGUAAAUUCUGAAAGCAAAAGUAGUGAAGCAAUGCUGAGAAAGGAUCAUUGUGCUCAAUUCCCAUGUGGAGAGUCUGUAAAUAUUGAACAAAGUGGGUGUGGCCCAAACUUUCAUCAGACACUAUGUUCUGAAACGUUUGAAAGCAGUGUGUCCAGUUCAAAUCUUGCUGAAACAUUUACUAUUUCAAAAAUUCCUUCAUUCAAAAACAUUCAUGCACAAUCAUCAAAAAUUUCAACAAAAGAUAAAUGUCUGCUUAAUACCGAUUCUCAAACAGAAAAAGCAUCUUUAUAUUGCACUACAUAUGAAAUUCCUAUAUAUGUUAUGGAAGAUGUUUCAACACAAAUUGAUUCCAUUUUCAUUGAAACUGAGAAAAAGAAUGAGCGUUCAACACAGACUGAGAAAACUAUUUGGCAUUCUGAGGUACCGGUUCCAGCACCUCGCGCUGUGCAGCACUUCAGCAACGCCCCAUUCACAACCUUCAACCCAGAGGAACAAGUAGAACACGCUUAUCAAAGUGAAGCAGCCGCCGAGGAGACAGACGAGCGGUUGGAAGCGGACGUGAAAGGGGAAGAAGAUGAAAAGUGUCCAGCGCCGCCGCAAGCAGUGAACAACUCGGAGGCGACAGCCUCUCUUCCUUUGCCACCCUCUCUUCCUAGGAACGGGUCGGUCGAUUCCAACAACAACGCGGCGCAAGAUUCUGCCAGGGUGCAGGGCGCAGCAUCGCUGAGGCUCCCCACUCAUGGUUCCACACCGCGGUCAUCACGCCCCGGCUCCAGCAUCAAAGAGACUAAUGCCUUAGGAAAAGAACUGGUAAAUAUUAGACAUAACUCUGGAAGAACGGCUUUGGGAUUUGGUGUUACGAAUGAUGAUGGGCAUCCUGUAAUAUUUUUCCCGGGUUCAAACACAGAAUUCACGAAAUCCUCCUGGAAUCUACCACCGGACCAUGAAUUACAAUUGAGGAAAGUCGCUUCCCGAGUGUCUGAUGGUUCUCCAGAUACCCAACAUGAUAGUGGAGCAGAAACGUCUCAAGAGCUAUUCAGCGAAUCU